CCGCUUCCUGCCGAGCUUCGGGUCUCAGCCACGCGGGGAGGAGUCCAGCGCGGCCCCCGGGCGGCGAGCCAGGAGGACCCAGUCGACCCGGAGCAGGAUGCCGGUGAUGCGAGGGCUGCUGGCCCCGCAGAACACCUUCCUGGACACCAUCGCCACACGCUUCGAUGGCACCCACAGCAACUUUGUGCUGGGUAACGCUCAGGUGCAGUCGCUCUACCCCAUCGUCUACUGCUCGGAUGGCUUCUGCGAGCUCACGGGCUACGCUCGCGCCGAGCUCAUGCAGAAGAGCUGCGCCUGCCACUUCCUGUACGGCCCCGAAACCAGCGACCGCUUCACGGCGCAGAUCCAAGGAGCGCUGGACGAGAGGCGCGAGUUCAAGACCGAGCUGGUCUUCUACAAGAAAGAAGGCACGCAGUUCUGGUGUCUUCUGGACAUCGUACCCAUCAAGAACGAGAAGGGCGAGGUGGUCCUCUUCCUCGUGUCCCACAAAGACAUCACGGACAAGAAGAAGGACCAGGAUUCGGAGCAGGGACCGGAUACAGAUGAGGAGACGGGUCUGGAGGUGCAUCAGGUGACGCGGCCUCCCGGCUUCAAUGCCAACCGCCGUCGCAGCCGAGCCGUCCUCUACCACCUGUCUGGACACCUGCAGAAGCAAGACAAGAGCAAGCUAAAGAUCAACAACAACAUGUUCGGGGAGAAGCCUCCCAUCCCGGAGUACAAGGUAGCGGCCAUCCAGAAGUCCCGCUUCAUUUUGCUCCACUACGGCACCUUCAAGGCCGGCUGGGACUGGCUGAUCCUGCUGGCCACCUUCUACGUGGCCGUCACCGUGCCCUACAACGUGUGCUUCACGGUGGUGGGCGGGCGAGACGAAGGCAGCGCCCCCAGAAGCCCCCCCAGCGUCAGCGACAUCCUGGUGGAGAUUUUGUUUAUGCUGGACAUUGCGUUGAACUUUCGAACGACCUUCGUGAGCACGUCGGGCCAGGUGGUGUACGACGCCCGCUCCAUCUGCGUCCACUACGUCACCACGUGGCUCUUUGUGGACCUCAUCGCCGCCCUGCCCUUUGACCUCCUGUACGCCUUCAACGUCAGCGUGUACUUUGGCGUCCACCUGCUGAAGACAGUGCGUCUGCUGCGCUUGCUGCGCCUGCUGCAGAAGUUGGAGCGCUACUCCCAGUACAGCGCCGUGGUCCUCACCCUGCUCAUGUCCAUGUUCGCCCUGCUGGCGCACUGGAUGGCCUGCGUCUGGUACUUCAUUGGCCGCAGGGAGCUAGAAAGUCCUGGAUCCUGGGACAUUGGUUGGCUGCAUGAGCUUGCUAAGCGUUUGGGGACGCCCUACUUCCUGUCGCCCCUGACCGCCCUGUUCCCCACUUCCUCCGCCAUCCCCUCGGCCAACAGCAGCCAGUGGAACGCGUCCAGCUCCAGCGAGUUCAAGGUUCAAGGCGCCUGGAACGCCAGCAACGUGACGGCGGGCGAGGGCGGGUCGGCCGCAGGUUUCGGGGCCCUGGGCGGCGGCCCUUCCAUGCGUAGCAGCUACGUGACGUCGCUCUACUUCGCCCUGAGCAGUCUGACCAGCGUGGGCUUCGGGAACGUGUCGGCUAACACGGACUCGGAGAAGAUCUUCUCCAUCUGCACCAUGCUCAUCGGAGCGCUGAUGCACGCCGUGGUGUUUGGCAACGUGACCGCCAUCAUCCAGAGGAUGUACUCGCGCCGCUCGCUCUACCACACUCGCACCAAGGACCUGAAGGACUUCAUCCGCGUCCAUCGGCUGCCCAAAGCUUUGGAGCAACGCAUGCUGGAGUGUUUCCAGACCACCUGGUCGGUUAACAAUGGCAUCGACGUCAGCGAGCUCCUGAAGGACUUCCCGGAUGAGCUGAGGGCCGACAUCGCCAUGCACCUGAACAAGGAGCUCCUCCAGCUGCCCCUCUUCGAGUCGGCCAGCAGGGGGUGCCUGCGUUCGCUCUCGCUCAUCAUCAAGACGUCGUUCUGCGCGCCCGGCGAGUUCCUCAUCCGCCAGGGCGACGCCCUCCAGGCCAUCUACUUCGUGUGCUCCGGCUCCAUGGAGGUCCUGAAGGACAACACCGUGCUCGCUAUACUGGGUAAAGGCGAUCUGAUCGGCUCAGACUCUCUGACCAAGGAGCAGGUGAUCAAAACCAACGCCAACGUCAAGGCGCUGACCUACUGCGACCUUCAGUACAUCAGUCUGAAGGGCCUCCGAGAGGUGCUGAGACUUUACCCCGAGUACGCCCAGAAGUUCAUCAGCGAGAUCCAGCACGACCUCACCUACAACCUGCGUGACGGCCACGGCAGUGACGCGGACUGGGAGAGCAACGGCGGCCUGGUGAAGAAGCUUCCCUCCAUCCGGGAGGACGAGGAGGGCGACGAGGAGCAGAAGUCGGUGUCCCGCGCGCCCCGCUCCCCGCUGCGCCUCAGCAGGGGGCUCAACUCUCCGCUGCGCUCCCCGCUGCUGCCGCCCAGGCCCUUCCGCGCGCCUGCUGAUCAGCCCCGUCCCGCCACCCUGCAGAUACCCGUGGUCAGCUUCUGCGGCGCGCCCCCCGAGCUCAGCCCUAGGUUUGUGGACGGCAUCGAGACGGAGAACAGUUCCAUAUCAUCCCAGAAGUUUGAGUUCAGCCCCAGCAUGUCACCUGCAGCCCCACCCUCCCCGUAUCCAGGCAGCCGGGAGUCGUGCGAGAUCAAGCAGAGUGUGUACAAGUUGACAGAGGAGAUGAACAGCCUCUCCAGACAAGUGUCCCAGCUCAGCCAGGAGCUCCAGCAAAUGACGCACCUGCUCAAGCCCCUCCUCCAAAGACCGCCACAGCCCGUCUUGGCGGCCGCCAUGGCAAACUUGACCCCUCCUCCCAGCAGCGCCAGCAGACUGUCCGCGAUCGUCAGCCUGGCGGCGGCCCCUACCGCAACAUCGCACUCUCCCCCUCAGAGAUCCGGCGCUCAUCAAUCCCUGUUGGACGGUGGGGACAUGGAGGGCGCGGACCUGCCCCGAUGCCUUCUCCCGACUCCUCAUUCGCCAAAAAGGACUCGUCCCUCGCCGCCCCCGUCCACUCCUCCCGUUCUCACGUCGCCAAAGGAUGGACUUCUUGAAGGAUCGCCCAUAUUGCGAAGCCCCGACGCCUCCCCCGCCAUGUUUAUGUCCUCGCCGCAGGAACUCCCACCCCUGGCGUCCAGUACCCCAUCACCUUCACUCUCCUUCUCCAUGUCCCUCUCUUCGUCUUCGUCUCUUUCCUCCUGCCGGGGCACCCACCCGUCCCGACCGUCAAGCUGCGGUGGCCGGGGAGGUCCGCCUAACUCCCAGGACACCCCCUCAGACCCGUGGCCGCCGCACUGUUCUGCGCCGCCAUCUCUAGCGUCAUCGCCCAGGGACCACAAUUUGAGACCUUCCUCAUUGGUCCCCAUUGCGUCCCCCGUCACAUCCCCCCAUACUUCCCUCUUCUCCCUGCCUUUGUCUUUGGACUCGCCGGGCUGGCGCAGAAAGUCCGGAGAUUUCCACCCCAAUCCGGUCUCUUGCUUGCGGCGGCAGACGGGGCCGGGCGGCGCGCCCCCGCAGGAAAUUGAACUGCAGGAGCGGCGAGGCGAGGCGGGAGAGGGGCGGUCGUCCGCGGAGAACAUCAGCUUCAUCGACGAGGAUGAGCCGGCGGUGUGAGCGGCUAGAGUAGCAGCAGGACAGAAAAAACUGGAUCCAAAGGAGACCAGAUCAGGGAAAGACAGGUGCACUGGUUGCCCUUGGAGACAGGUAGCGGGACACAAAGCCAGCAGUCAGGCGAUGGAUCUACAAGAGCACAGCUUACAGUUGCGGUCUAUUCUUAGUCCAGACUCUUGUUUCAUCUAGGAUCCAGCAUGGACGUCUGCCGCCCUUCAAAGUGGGGUUCUAGGACCGCUGACCACUCAUCAGUCAAAACCUUGCGCUCCGAUCCACACCCUAAAAAGUGACUGCAUCGUAUUAAACCCCUGUCGUCCGCUCAUCCCCUUUAGCCAAUCUGGAUGUUGAUAAGAAUUCUAUUCAUUUUUGAAGAUACCAGACCCAAGAUAGCCCAGGUAGCCCACAUUGGAGGUCGGACUGCUCAACCUCGUCUGAUUUUCAAACCAGACCUCCUAACCUUCAGGGAUUAUGGUUCUAUAUUUUAGGGAGAACCCUGUUGAUUUUGAAUGACAUCCCACACAAGAUGGUAGAGGUAUCUGAUUUAUUUGUAACUCUGAUCUUUAGCUAAUCUGUAACUUUGAGUCACUCACUGAUUUUGAAAGACUUCUAACACAAGAUGGGCUAACCAAACUCUCAGGUCCCUGGAACAACAAUCCUAUUGAUUUGAAAGAUCCUUAAAACCAAGAUUAUUUUUGAAUAAUAUCCACCACCAGAAAGUUAUGAUGUUGCUUGCUACACGGCUCUCUAAUUUGCAACCCAUAUUUGGACUUUUAGGGACUGUAACUUUACAAUAUAUCUUUAAAGGAACCAUGUGGAUUUGGGGAUUUCACACAACAUGAUCUUGCUGAACUCCUUAAAACAGCAAUCCGAUUGAUUCUGAAUAAUGCCCAUGGAUACUGUUAAGGGCUUGCUUCUUUGGUAAACGGCAAGGGAUUAUUGUUGCACAUCUAAGAGAAAACCUUGUUGAUUUUGAACGAGAUUAGACAAUAAGUGGGUUGGAAGAACUCGAGGGUCCCUUAACAACAACCCUAUAUAUUUUAAAUGACAUUGACCCAAGUUAGCCCAGGUAGCUAUUGUCCACGAUUCGUUGGCUUUUUAAACGUUAGUACUGAAAUUGUAAGGGAUUAUUGUUGUACAUCUAAAAGAGAACCCUGUUGAUUUUGGACAAGAUCCGACACUAAAUGAGAUGGAAGAGUUCUUGGAUCCUGAUUUUAAAAGACAGUUGACACAAGUUAGACCAGAUAGCUAUUGUCCAGGAUUUGUUGGCUUGGUAAACAUUAGCACUGAAAUUGUAAGGGAUUAUUGUUGUACAUCUAAAAGAGAACCCUGUUGAUUUUGGAUAAGAUCCGACACUAAAUGAGAUGGAAGAGUUCUUGGAUCCUGAUUUUAAAAGACUGUUGACACAAGUUA